AUGAAAGUGCUGCCACUAGGUGCCGGUCAAGAGGUGGGCCGCUCAUGUAUCAUAGUAAAAAUAAAAGAAAAGACCAUAAUGUUCGACUGUGGCACUCACCUCGGCCUAACAGGCGCAUCCAAGUACCCUGCAUUCUCCCUAAUCAGCAAAUCACCAACCAUCCACACAUCGGACUUUAGCUCAUUCGAUCUAAGCUCCAUCGAUCUUGUCAUACUCACACAUUUUCACUUGGACCACUGCGGUGCACUUCCCCUCCUGUACCGCAACAAGUACCAUGGCAAGGUGGUAAUGAGCACACCAACCAGGUGCGUGUUGCCGUUUGUUUUGGAGGACUACUGUAAGCUGAACGUAACAAAUUAUGGGAUGGAGGAUGUUAACGUGUUGAUGAGGAAUGUGGUUGUGAUGGAUGUGGGGAUGGUUGGGUGGGUGGAUGGAAUUGGGAUUAGGGUGUUCAGUGCUGGACACGUUUUGGGUGCUGCUAUGUUUUAUGUGUGGGUGGGAGGAGAGAGCGUGCUGUAUACGGGUGAUUACACAACGGGUGGCGAUGUGCAUUUGGACGGGUGCUGUGUUGAUACGGAGGACUUUUUGGUGUUUGGGGAGGAUUUGAGAAGGAAUGGGGAAGAUGUGGUGGAGACGGGUGUAAAUGAUGUGAGAAGGAAUGGGGAAGAUGUGGUGGAGACGGGUGUAAAUGAUGUGAGAAGGAAUGGGGAAGAUGUGGUGGAGACGGGUGUAAAUGAUGUGAGAAGGAAUGGGGAAGAUGUGGUGGAGACGGGUGUAAAUGAUGUGAGAAGGAAUGGGGAAGAUGUGGUGGAGAAGGGUGUAAAUGAUGUGAGAAGGAAUGGGGAAGAUGUGGUGGAGAAGGGUGUAAAUGAUGGAAAGAAUCUUAAGGGCGGGAAUACCGGUACUAUCAGGAAAGAUGUGAAUGACACAUGUGGAUCAGAUUUGGACGAAAAUGCCCUUGGCAUGGGACAAGCAACGGGAGAUUUCGCUUUUGAUGUAAGAACAGCUAAAAAAAUGAAAAAGCAGGAAGCAAUGGUGCUCAGACGGCUGAAGCGACCGGAUGUUAUGAUCACAGAGUGCACGUACGGCUCGGUAGACAGAGAAUGCAGGAAAACGAAAAUACGUGAAUUGAUCACAACGGUGGUGCAAUGCAUUGAGCGUAACGGCAAGGUGCUUAUUCCGGUAUUUGCGAUAGGACGUGCACAGGAAAUGUACACGAUGCUCUCUGCAUUCUUCAAGAAUGCAAAUUUGAACGUUCCAUUUUUCUAUUGCAGUACGAUUCUUGAGCGAGGACUCAAAAUAUACAAGAGAUUCGAUGACUAUACCAAGAAAUCGUUUCAUUUUGACUUUGACGGCAUUCGAAUGUUCAAGAACGAGUAUUUGGUAUCGGACAAGCCGUUCAUCGUGUUCUCAUCACCUGGUAUGCUGCACACGGGCAACUCCCUGAAAAUAUUCAAGGCGCUGUGCGAGGACGCAAGGAACCUGGUGAUUAUACCGGGUUACUGCAUGAAGAACACGCUUGCCGAGAAGUUGUUGAACGGCAUACGCACAAUAACACUGGACAGAGAGUACACCAUAAGAAUACAGGUAAGAAAUAUUGGGUUUAGUGCACAUGCAGAUUCUUCAGGUAUUCUCCGUUUUAUAGCUAAGGUGAGACCGCGCAACGUUGUGCUUGUGCAUGGCGACAAGAACAGGAUGGUGAAGUUCAAGCGGAUCAUUGAGAAGAUGUGCGUGGAUGAGGAUGGAUUUGACUUCAGAUGCCAUGUCUUCAUGCCGAGGAAUAAGUGUCUGGUUGACCUGCCCGGUAAGAACGAAAUCAUCCUGAAAAGCAGGAACGAGAUAAAAGAUGAUGAGAUUGCAGUUGAUGUUGAGCAGGACGGUACUACCUUUGUAGCGAAGAAGAUAAAGAAGUACGUUGUGAGAAAAUGAAUGUCACUGUUGUGCUACUGAUGCUUCCCAGAUGCACUCAAAUGUUCCAACACAAAUUCGUAAACACGUGUACCAGGCUAAAAAACAUUUGGAACGGUAUGUAACAUUACACAGGCACCACUCUCAUUAAAUAGCUUGCUUUCAUCAAAUUUUGAUCUGCACAACUCCCUAAAUAAACGAAAAAAGAUCGGUG